AUGAAUCCUCAACAGGACACCUCACUCCCAUCAGACUCCACCCAAGCAUGCCACAGCCCUCAGGGGAAAGGCUUCGAAUGCCUGUACCCAGCCUCGAAGACCUCACCUCAGAGGAUGAUGGUAUCCCUUCACAGCAAAACAUGGAAGGGCAAAAUGACAGCAGGGGUGAAGAAAUUGGGACUCUCCUUCAUGAAAAAAACCUCGGAUGACUCAGCGUCCCUCCAAACGAUGACAGCAACAAUCUCAGAGAGCAGCUACACAUAUGAGAAGCCUGAAGGAUCUACAUUGAUGUCGCUAGAGGAAGAAUCCUCACAGACAGAGGCCAUGAAAUACGCCUUGGAAGUACAGCACCAGAGGCAAUUGAAGGAGAGUGGGUCCGACCAAAUGCCAGGGAUACGAUGGGGGAUUCCCCAGAGCCAAGAAUCCCAGGCCCUGGGUCCCCGACCAGCGCCUCUAGCUGGCUAUUCUGGUACUCAGCAGACAGAACCCAACAAGUCUAUGGGAUCGACACUCCAUGACAUUAUUCGUCGCCGAUCCCUGGCUCAAGUCGAUACGUUCCAGACCCUCCAAUCCAACCUGACCCCAGAGAGCUCGCAGAAUGGGCAGAAGAGGAACGUCGUGCCCCAGCCAGAGAAAUUAUCACUAUCGCAGACCUCAGACACCUCGCAGACGCCACCUGCAGGGGCUGAAACCCCUUACUAUUACGACGAUGACCCAUGGGGCGAGCACCCCCAGACCGAGUCCCCGCAGCCAGAGCGCAGAGUCUUCUUUGCAGACGGAGGGCCCAAGGACGACACCAUUAUCUGGUGGUUCACAGGAGCACACUCCCUCGCUGGGACCACCGACGUUCCAAACCCUGUUGAGGAAGAGCUCAAUCAGGCAGACCACAACGACUGGCCCCAUUGCCAGAUCUGGCCCGAGCCCGAUAUAACGAAGUUAGGCCUCACCCAGACCUCGAACCCUUCCUUCACCCAGAACCCACCUUCAAGGUCGAGCCACCCUUUGUAUCACAAAGGGAGCUUCAGUGGUGGGUCUACGAGAGAGAGGACUUCGAUCUCAUCUUCGAAGAAUAUCGAAGAUACUUCGCAUAUGUCUGGAACUGGAAUCAGAUAUGGAUCGACGGAAAUCCCUAUCUCUUACAAUAUGAACCCGUCUUCCACCCAACCAAUCAUACAGACUGAUUGGACUCGUGGGUUAGAGCCAGGAUACAAAUCGACAGGCUCACCCGUGUGGGAGAAUACGCAAAUGAACCCCCCUUCAACGAUGAAGGCAACAAGUUCAUUCAAGGAUCUAGUACCGGUCCCAACCGCUGAAGAACUCUAUAGGAUGAAUUGGGACCAGUUCUGGUGGCACAUACAUGAUAGUCUGCCCCUCGAAACGUACUGGUCCACCACCCCACAAGGGCAAGCCUAUCAACGGGCUGAGCCUGGUUCCCUAUUAGAAAGGGACAUUCUAUUGCACAAAACCCAGUAUGCUGCGAUAAACUAA